GAAACAGAGAAAAGACACAUAGACGGAGCGUAGGUGAAAGACUGAUGUGUUCUCAUUCUGUUUCGAUUCUAACGUAAUAAAGAGGAUAAAUCGCACCCUUGACAUAUCCAAGACCAUUUGAUGUCGGAUGACAUUGCAUAGGAACGCGCAAAUAUGACAGAUAUGAUCCGCAUGGAUUUGUGCUGAACACAAAACUAUAGACAUCCCACCAAACCCGAGAAGGAAACCUUUCUACAUACUGGGCUAAGAGAGGAGAGAGGAGAGGAGAGAGAGUAGAGGAGAGGAGAUAUCACCAGAGACUAUACACUAGGUGUGAGGAGAGGAAGCGCUUUCUCAGCUUGGAGCUGUCCGUUCAGAAUCAAGACAUAUACAGCGUCGCCUUUUAGUAAAUGCCGCCAGUACCACUGUCCUGUGGUUCCACACCUGUAUAGGAUCUUUCAGUGAAGUGCAUUAUGAUGUUGGAGUGCAUGUUUUUUGGAAAAUUGGUUCACGUGUUCGUGGGAGCAUCUUCUUUUGCACUGAAUUUUUUAUUUUCGUAAUCGCUGUCAUAUUAUAUUCGACAAAGCGAUUUACCUGAGCUAUGCGUAAUUGGAGACACAUUUUAGAACUGCACGACCAAGACUGACAGCGUGCUUAAUAUUUUCGGUUCUGUGCAACCUCUCAUUAUCCGGUUUACCCAUAGCGCGCAUGUUUCCCCCGGGUCGGUGCGCGUUGCCUCGCCCGAGCUUUAGGAUGUAACACCCGACCCUCGCUCGCGACAUGCCCGAGCGACGCGAUGGUCCAAGGCGACGAGAAAGACCGAGUUGUGAUUAACGUCGGGGGGAUCCGGCACCAGACCUAUCGCAGCACCUUGCGCACUCUGCCGGGGACACGCUUGGCCUGGCUCGCCGAACCCGACGCCCACAGUCACUUCGACUACGACGCUCAUGGCGACGAGUUUUUCUUCGACCGACACCCGGGGGUCUUCGCGCACAUCCUUAACUACUACCGCACCGGAAAGCUGCACUGCCCGGCGGACGUAUGCGGCCCGCUUUAUGAGGAGGAGCUCGCCUUCUGGGGCAUCGACGAGACGGACGUGGAGCCGUGCUGCUGGAUGACCUACCGACAACACCGCGAAGCCGAGGAAGCCCUAGACAGUUUCGGCGGCGGGCCCGUCGACCUGGGCAGCGACGAGGUGGAUGGAGACGGUCUGGGUGAACCCGGGGACGGUGACGACGAGUUGGAAAUGACCAAGAGGCUCGCGCUCGGGGACACGACCGAUGCCAAAACGGCUGGACUGUGGCAACGAUGGCAACGUCGCGUCUGGGCGCUCUUCGAGGAUCCCUACUCUUCUAAAUAUGCAAGGUGGGUGGCGUUUGCCUCUCUGUUCUUCAUCCUGGUUUCUAUAACCACAUUCUGCCUGGAGACACAUGAGGCCUUCAACCCCAUCAUCAACCGCACAGACGUUGACCCACAGGACAACAACAUCACGCGGGUCUACCAGGAGACUGAGACUGAGGUCUAUCUUACUUACAUAGAGGGCGUGUGCGUGGUAUGGUUUACCUUCGAAUUCCUCAUGCGCAUCACCUUCUGUCCUGACAAAAAAAAGUUCAUCAAGAACGCUCUCAACAUUAUAGAUUUUGUGGCCAUCCUGCCUUUCUACUUAGAGGUGGGUCUGAGCGGCCUGUCCUCCAAAGAGGCUAAAGAUGUGCUCGGGUUUUUACGUGUAGUCCGAUUUGUGCGCAUCCUCCGAAUCUUUAAACUGACACGCCACUUUGUUGGCCUACGUGUGCUUGGGCAUACACUCCGUGCUAGCACAAAUGAGUUCCUCCUUCUCAUCAUCUUCCUUGCCCUUGGAGUGCUCAUCUUUGCCACUAUGAUAUACUACGCUGAGCGCAUUGGGGCCCAGCCUAAUGACCCCCGCGCCAGCGAGCAUACGCACUUCAAGAACAUCCCCAUUGGGUUUUGGUGGGCCGUGGUCACUAUGACUACUCUGGGUUAUGGAGACAUGUACCCACAGACGUGGUCGGGCAUGCUGGUGGGUGCGUUGUGUGCCCUGGCUGGCGUGCUCACCAUUGCCAUGCCUGUCCCGGUCAUCGUCAAUAACUUUGGGAUGUACUACUCGCUGGCUAUGGCAAAACAAAAACUACCAAAGAAAAAGAACAAGCACAUCCCACGUGCCCCACAUCUGGGCUCUCCAAAUUUCUGUAAGUCAGGCACGAACUCUCCCCACCACAGCACACAGAGUGACACAUGCCCGCUGGCUGCCCAGGACGAGGUUUUAGAAAUGAACCGAGCAGAUCCCAAACUGAAUGGUGAGGCGGCUAAGGCAGCGCUGGCCAAUGAAGACUGUCCACACAUAGACCAGGCCAUUUCUCCUGAGGACGGCCAGAUUUUUAGCCCCUGCGAACCACGCGGGGAAACUCCAUGUUUCCUUCUAAACAUGACCGGCCGAGCCACACACCCUGGAGCCAGAGUGAGAAAAGCUGGAACAUUCUCAGGGAGGGCAGGGGGGGAGCCGGCCGGUCCCACGCUAGGCUACCCACUGUUGCAGUUAGGGUGGACACACAGCCAGGAGGAUGGCCAUGCAAGAGUCACCACCUGACUGCCAGCCCCACUUUAAUCACUAAUAGCAGAAUGCAGAUGCCUUUUAGGACAUAAUUAGCAACUAAGAGUCCAUCCAUCCCCUGCAGCUUGUGAGAUCCCUGUCAUUUUUACACACUAUUAAAUCAAUAUGGGGAAACACUGUUUGUACUCACUUAUCCACCUGCAGCCAUCGUAGUUACAACCAAGACUGUUUAGAUGGAAAUUCGUCAGCUUCUUAGUGUUUAACUACAAGGCCAGAAGCAAGGAGUAGGUCAUAGAUAUACAUUAUGGACAAGAAAGCUUUCAUCAAGAGCUUUUCAUCUGUUGUAGCCAGACUGGUGAUGGUCAUAAAUCUAUGUAUAAUAUUCUAAACAGAGUCUAGGUAAGAUCAAUAAAAGUUGAACCAGUGUCAUCACUAGCCAAGCAAUAGCACUGUCUCUCUGUGUCUUGUGUCAAGCUCUGUGUGAGCAUGCUCUGUUUAAAUCCACGUUUCCACUUUUAGAAGCACCAUAAGAACAAUCAACAGCUACAUACCACACGCACUUCUCCUACACACACAGAAUAUUUCUGUCUCAGUUUGCUGUUUAAAAUGUGUUGAUUGUGUUUGUAAGAGCUUUUGUCAGUGUGAAAGUAUUUUUAUGUACAUAUGUAGGCUAUGUCAGCAAAUGUGUGUGUGAGAAAGAAAGAGAGCGUGAGAGAGAGGGGUGUGUGUCCAACUGUGUUUGGUUGUGUAAGUGUUUGCUGUUUUAAUGUAGCUGUUUUAAGGCAAGUUUUGUACUUUGGUGUGCUGCAUGUUUCGGGCCAGUUUAUAGACCUUCCUGCAUGCUUUGUCCUGCUGCAGGGGCUGGUAUUGGUUGGGAGAAAUGGACUCUGUAGGGAGUACAUGAACAGGAAUGUCAUAAAACGUGUAGUAAUGAAUAGGUAAAUGAUUUUAGUGUUGAUCUUGAUAAGAACCAUUAUAGUUCAGGCAAAUGUAAAGCCUUUCUGUGCAGCUACAGUAUAAGAUGAUUUCAAUAUCACAUUUACUGAGGGAUUUUUGGGCCCUAUCUACUAAUGAUAUGCAUCAGAUCUACCUGAUACAGCAGACAGAGAAGCAUGCAAAACUGUGGAUCUACUGAACUAGCCAUAUGUUACUUACGUAAACCUUAUUACAUAUUUCACCUACAAAACUGAUCAUAUCCACCAUCUUAAAUUGGUGUUAAAUUAGUACUUAUUAGGCCUAAAUCCACAAUAACACUAAUAA